GGAAGGAAGUUAGGAAAGGGCAAAACAGGAAAUUAGGAGCUCAUGUUAUCCUCUUAAAAUAAAAGCCUCCAUCCCCAAAGCAAAACAAUACUUACAAUUUACACAAUCGAUACAUACAGAGACAAUGGCAGAAGGGAAGACAGGAGUGGUGGAGAUGACAAGGGGGAUGAUGGGUCAAAAUGAAAACCCAGUAACUCUGUUUCAGACCAAGUUUAAAGAAUUGGAAAGUGGGUUUAAGAGCUGGCUGGCUAAGCAGUCUUUGGGUGUUGAAGCUGCUGUUGUUACUGCUACUAGUGCUGCUCAGGGUGCUGCUAUUGGUGGCUUUAUGGGAACUCUUACUAAUGAUGUCAAUUCUGUUCUUCCUACUCCUCCCCCUAAUGCUGCUCUUAAUCCCCAGGCCAUGGCUUCUCUUCAGCAAGCCCAGGCUCUUGCAGGGGGUCCUUUGGUACAGGCCCGGAAUUUUGCUGUUAUGACAGGUGUGAAUGCCGGUAUUACUUGUGUUAUGAAAAGAAUACGUGGCAAGGAGGAUGUCCAGUCUAGUAUGGUUGCAGCUUUUGGUUCUGGAGCCAUGUUUUCAUUGGUGAGUGGAAUGGGCGGUCCUAAUCAGGCUGCAAAUGUAGUGACAUCUGGACUUUUCUUUGCACUGGUUCAGGGUGGAUUGUUCAAGCUAGGUGAAAAAUUCUCGAAGCCGCCAGUUGAAGAUGUUUUAUAUAAUAAAACUAGAGGCAUGUUAUCAAGCCUUGGCCUCCAGAAUUACGAAAAGAAUUUCAAGAAAGGCUUGUUAACUGACAAUACGUUGCCUUUGCUCACUGACAGUGCUCUUCGAGAUGUACGAAUCCCUCCUGGACCAAGGCUCAUCAUUCUUGAUCGCAUCAAAAGGGACCCUGCGCUAAAAGAAACACGAGGGCGCUAAGGUGCCGGAAUACUUUAUUCCCGGGGUAGAUCUUAUUGAAUGAGCAAAAUGCAUUUCUGCUUCAGAUAGAGAUAUUGAGAAUUUUGUGUUAAAUUUCUGUAGUCCUGUUGCAAUUUAUAUACAUGGUUAGGAAUUAUGUGGACAUAUUUGUUCUAGUUAUAUUUAUUUCUUGGUGAAA